AUGCAGAAUAUGAAGAAGAAAGCCUGUGAUUCUACUAGUAGUUCUAAUAACAACAACAGUAGUGGUGAUGGUGAAGCUCAGAAGCAGAAAGAGAGGCAUAUAGUUUCCUGGUGUCAAGAGGAAGAUGAUAUAUUAAGGGAACAAAUCGGUAUCCAUGGAAUCGACAAUUGGGCUAUUGUUGCAUCAAAGUUUAAGGAUAAAACUACAAGGCAAUGCAGAAGAAGAUGGUUCACUUAUUUGAAUUCUGAUUUCAAGAAAGGAGGAUGGUCACAAGAAGAAGACAUGCUUUUAUGUGAGGCUCAAAAGAUUUUUGGUAACAGAUGGACUGAAAUAGCAAAAGUGGUUUCAGGCAGAACGGAUAAUGCUGUCAAGAAUCGGUUUUCCACAUUGUGUAAGAAGAGAGCAAAGAAUGAAGCAAUGGCAAAAGAGAACAACACUUGUUACAUCACACCAAACAACAAAAGGACCAGAUUUCAGAAUGGACAAAAUGAAGACAGAGUUCUAGAACCUUCAAUGCCUCUUUCGAAAAUGAGGAGGAAACAUAUUCCUGAUACAACAGAAGAGAGCCAUAACAUCAACACCUUAACAACACAGCUUCAUCCCAAAAGUGAAGAGGUCUCAAAAGAUGGAACAUUUCUGAAGAAAGAUGACCCGAAGAUUAUUGCAUUGCUACAACAAGCAGAACUUCUCAGUUCACUUGCACUCAAAGUUACUCUGGAGAAAACAGAGGAAAGUUAUGAAAAUGCUUGCAAGGCUGUUGAAGAUUUUUUAAAGAAAACCAAUGUGCUUGGAGGUAACAAUAACAUGUCUGAUAUGGACAUAAGAAGCUGUGAUGAAGGCAGCCAACAAUCAUGGAGACAGCCUGAUUUAUAUCAGGGAUCCCCAGAAAGCUCAGAGUACAGUACAGGGUCAACUGUUCUCUCCCAAGUGAUUGAGAAAAUUUGUGGUAAAAAUAUAGUAACACCUGAUUCAACAACAAACCUAGAUAUUUUAGCUUCUUGUGAUGAAUGUGAGAAUGAUGUUGGAGGCAUAUGUCCCUUGCCAAAUUCCCAAUUCAAUUCCCCACUUCAAGUAACUCCAUUGUUUAGAUCAAUGGCAGCAGGAAUUCCAAGCCCACAGUUUCAGAAAGUGAAAGGAACUUCCUACUAA